AUGAAGAAAAGAAUUAUAUUUUUUUGUUCCAUUUUUGUGUUACUCACUUGCACCCCCGUGUCGUCUGAAGAGAUUGGCCCUCAGAAGAAGAAAAAAAAUUUAGGACAAGAUGCUGCACAUAUGCUUAUGAAGAAGCUGGAAAAAUUGUACAAACUUAGUGAAACGAAUAAUGGAGAAAUUUUUAAUAAAGAAAUUGAAUCAUUAAAAAAGCAGAUUGAAGAUUUGCAGAAGGGGAAGGAGGACAGUUCUGGUGGAAGCAUUGUACAACUGCUGGAAAAUGAAUCAAAAGAUGAGUUGGGCCAAAAAACCAUUUUCGGUAUGGAUGAAGAUGAUCUAGACAACUACGACGCAGAUUUUAUUGGGCAAGGAAAAAACAUUAUUCAAGGGGAAGAAGAUUCGGAUGAAGAAAAGGUGAAAGGUGAAGAUGAAGCUACUAAUGGUGGUAAUAAAAAAGAAGAAACAUAUUUCUAUGAGUGGGGUGAUGAAUUUGGUGGAGGUGCAGUGCAAACAAAAAGCUCAUCUUCCAUUUCAUCUACAGGUACGAGUGGACCCGUAAAUCCUUCCUCUUCCGAAGGAGGACCAUCACAAAGUAACGCAACGACAGAUAGCACCGGAAUUAGCACAGCACAAUCAUCACCUCAAGGACCUCAAUCUAAUGUAAACUCUGCUACACAGAAUAGUAAUGGACAGAAAGUAAACGUCAAAUAUUUGGACAAACUUUAUGAUGAUGUUCUGAAAACGGAUGGAAAAAAUCAAAUACACGUUCCAGAUUAUCAUAGCAAAUAUAACGAAUUUAGAAAAAAUUACGAAUUUACAAUGAAUGAACGAGAAUAUGAUAUUGUGAAAAAUUUAUUUAGUGCUUGCUUCCCUAAGGAUGGUACUCCAAACGCUGCUUGCGCCCCAGUUGAUCUGUUUAAAAAAGUUCUGAGUAAUCCAAAUUUUCAAAAAGAGUUUAACAAUUUCAUGCAUGGUCUUUACGGGUUUGCUAAACGUCAUAAUUAUUUGAGGGGAGAUAAAAAGGAUUCGGAUGCGUCAACCAGUUUGUUUGCAAAUAUCAUAAACAUGUUGAACACAAUUGAAAUAAAAUAA